AUGAAAGACAAGCAGAGGAGCCGGCAUGAGGAUACUCCCACUAACAAGCUUUCUUAUCUUCCACUGUCUCCUCCAUCACAUCAAAAAUCACCUCAAGACUCGCAUUAUCAAUCAUCUUCCUCUCCAGUAGGAAGACCUCCACCUAUGCUACAGCAACCUUAUUUAUUCAGCAAUCAGGCUAGCGAUAGUGAAUGCAAUAGUGAGAUGAUUACUGCCAGCGAUAAUUUCGUAAUUGAAGAAAUGAAUGCAUUUCUUUUGGCCAGUCAAGAAGGUGAAUCCUCCUCUUCCUCCUCUUCUGCUUCUUCUUCUAAUCCCAAUCAUUGUUUCAAUAUAUUGAAUCAAUAUCCCAUGGAUUUUGAACUCUAUGAUUUACUUGGCGGAAAUCCUGGUGACAUGGAUGACGAUUCAAUGUCUUAUACCUCUGAUAAUAACGAUUGGUUUCCUACUUUGCCAGACAAUAACACAUCUCGGGAAGCUUAA